CAAAAUAGUACGUAUAUCUAUUUUGGUAUACUAUGUAGUAUGGUAGUAUGCGACAAUUUUGGCUUGUAAUACCAUCGCCAAGGGCUUGAUGAUUUGACUGCGCAUGCGCACAGACUUGGGCGGUUCUGAGAGUAGGGCAUCACACUGGCGGUGUGGAAAUCUCUCAGAGUCCGGAUGGGAUAUAAAACAUAAAACUUUUUAUUACUAACGCUUUUGGUCAGAGAAGUGCAAUAGAGAGACUUGGGAGUUUCUGGCCAGCCUUUACUUUUUCACCACAUGAGCCAGCCUCCAGCUCUUCCUUCACUCUUCAAUCCCUAAAACAGUGACUGGGCCAUCCGGAUCCUCAUUGGCUUAACCUUGCCUCGCCUACUCUGUUGUCAGCUGUUAACUCUAAUUUUUCGGACAUCUCGGAUCUGCGGCAGUCAUGGAGCACAUUUACGCUACGGGAAUGGCGGCCAAGCUGCGCAGUCAAUGGGACCGAAGUGAAGGCUUGGGCCAGAACCAUAAGGCUAUCAAGUUUUUGGGGCAGGACUUCGAGAUGCUGAGGGCGCAGUGCCUCCAGAGAAGGACCUUGUUUGAGGAUUCCUACUUUCCUGCCAGCGCCUCCUCACUGGGCUUUAAGGAGCUCGGGCCCCACUCCUCCAAAACGUCUGGUGUGCGCUGGAUGAGGCCAACGGAGAUCACCUCUUGUCCCCAGUUCAUCAUGGAUGGAGCCACUCGCACAGAUAUCUGUCAGGGAGCACUGGGUGAUUGUUGGCUACUGGCUGCUAUUGCAUCUCUCACUCUUAAUGAUAACUUGCUGCACCGUGUGGUUCCACAUGGACAGAGCUUCAACGACGGCUAUGCUGGUAUCUUUCACUUCCAGUUCUGGCAGUUUGGUGAAUGGGUUGAUGUGGUGAUUGAUGACAGGCUGCCGGUUAAAGACGGGAAGCUGCUGUUCGUGCACUCGGCGGAGGGAGGCGAGUUCUGGAGUGCUCUGGUUGAAAAGGCCUAUGCCAAGCUGAACGGCUGCUACGAGGCUCUGUCAGGCGGCAGUACAUCAGAAGGCUUUGAGGACUUCACGGGUGGUGUGACGGAGAUGUACGAGCUGAAUAAACCUCCUGCUGAUCUUUUCAACAUCAUAAGGAGGGCUGUGGAGAGAGGAUCACUGCUGGGCUGCUCCAUAGAUAUCACCAGUACUCAUGACAUGGAGGCCGUCACCUUCAAGAAACUGGUUAAAGGCCACGCCUACUCUGUGACAGCAGUGGAGGAGGUGGUUUACAGAGGAACCCCCACCAAGCUGGUGCGCAUCAGAAACCCCUGGGGAGAGGUGGAGUGGACUGGAGCUUGGAGUGAUAAUGCUAGAGAGUGGGACAGUGUGGACUCGUCCUCCAGGAGCAAACUGCAUAGCCGCAGCGAAGACGGAGAGUUCUGGAUGUCAUUCCAGGACUUCUUGCGGGAGUUCAGCAGGUUGGAGAUCUGUAACCUGACAGCAGAUGCUCUGGAAGCCAGUCAGGUGAAGAAGUGGAGCACAUCUCUCUACCAGGGCGAGUGGAGGAGAGGCAGCACGGCUGGAGGCUGCAGGAAUUACCCAGCUACGUUUUGGCUCAACCCUCAGUUCAAGAUCAACCUGAAGCACCCGGAUAUGGUAGGACAGGACAACUGCACCUUCCUAGUGGCUCUGAUGCAGAAAGACCGCAGGAAACAGCGCAAAGAGGGCAAAGACAUGGAGACCAUCGGCUUCGCAAUAUACGAGGUUCCCAGUCAGUAUGUAGGUCAGUCAGGAGUUCACCUGAAGCGAGACUUCUUCCUCACACACGGCUCCAGCGCUCGCUCUGAGCUCUUCAUCAACCUGCGUGAGGUCAGCUCACGCUUCCGUCUUCCCGCUGGAGAGUACAUCAUCGUCCCGUCCACAUUCGAGCCGCAGAAAGAGGCCGACUUCGUGCUGCGUGUCUUCUCUGAAAAACCCGCUGACUCGGAGGAAAUGGAUGACGAAAUCAAAGCUGAUCUUCCCAAAGUGAAUUAUUUGGAUGAGAGUCAAAUUGAUGCCGGAUUCAAGAGUCUCUUCAGACAGCUGGCAGGAGCGGACAUGGAGAUCAGUGUUACAGAGCUCCAGACCAUUCUGAACAGAAUCAUCAGCAAGCAUAAGGAUCUGAAGACAGAUGGCUUUACCCAGGAGGCGUGCCGCAGUAUGAUCAACCUCAUGGAUACAGAUGGCAGCGGUAAGCUGGGUCUCACAGAGUUCCACGUGCUGUGGGAGAAAAUCAAACACUAUCUGGAAGUGUUCAGGAAGUAUGAUGUGGAUAAGUCUGGCACAAUGAGCUCAUUUGAGCUGCGUAUGGCCCUUGAAUCAGCAGGCUUCAAGCUGAACAACCAUAUAUUCCAGCUGAUUAUUCUGCGCUACACAGAGCAGGACCUGAGCGUCGACUUUGACAAUUUUGUCACCUGUCUAGUGCGCCUGGAGACCAUGUUCAAGACAUUUUACACUUUAGACACUGAUUCUGAUGGACUCAUCUCCCUAAACUUCAACCAGUGGCUAUCUUUGACCAUGUUUGCAUAAACAGACGGACAUCUGGAUGCCUGUCUGCUUGCACUGAGACCAUCAUCUCCCUCUGUCUGGUCCACAAGUGCCUUCAUCAUAUUGUUUAUUACUAUUCCUCAAGGUGAUGGUAUUCAAUCAGUAUUUUAGUCCCGCCUCUCUCUUUUUAAAGGUGUACUGGUUUAAGGAGUGGUUAAAGGGUUUAAGUUGUACUGAGUCAUAUAAAAAAGCCAGUCCCUGUUCUGUGUCAUUUAUGCGUAAGUCAAAACAGUAAGCCACAAUCUGAGAAGAACACAAUAUAUGUAAUUUCAUCAAUCUCGGCCUUAAAAAGUGCCAGACAGUGUAGUGUUUACAACCUCUCUGACCAGCCGCGUGCCAGCAAUCAUACUUUUCCUGCCAACGGAUAGGACUCUGAACCUUACUUUGUUGCCAUAUAUGUCUCUUUUUACUUCCUGUGCCAAAUGGAUCAGUUCCUCUCAAUCCUAAUGUAUCAGUCAAUUCCAGUUCAGAUUGUUCCACAAUGUAUAUGAGGAAUCUUAAAGGAUUUCACUGACGCUUGAUAUUAAGGUUUCUGUAAUUUUCAUUAAUUUAACAUGAACAAACCAAAGCAUCAGCAUUAAUACACCAUAAAUAACAUCAACAAAGUAACUAACACAUGUAUUAAUUGAUGUUUUUAAAGGAAUAAACCAAAUAAUCACUUGUAUUAAUCAAUAUUCAUACCAUCACUGAGUAAAAUUAAUUCCACGGUGAAUGACAUAAACAGCACCUUCAUGAACAGGUUUUCAGAACUGAGGUUGAAAAGCAAGGUCCAAUACUUAUACCUGGAGACCUGCAUUCAGGACAUUUCCAACAUUAAGGAACAUGGUGUAAAUUAAAGUUUGCUAAUGUUUAUUCAAAUUGUGAUUUGAAUAAACAUUACUCAGUGCAAGUUUAUUUAGUUAAGUUACUUUGUUAACAUUACUUAUGGUUUAUUAUUACUGACGUUAAUGGUUGGUUCAUGUUAACUAAUGCAGUAAGUAAAGUUACUUAAGGGAGCGUUAAUAUAAAGUGAUAAAGUGAAAGGAUUUUUCUAUAUUUUAUUUUGGAUGUGUGUAAAGUGUGUGUAUGUGUGUACAGGCUGUUGAAAACACAGUCUGGAUAUAUAACUCUUGAUUUACAUAAAUAAAAAAAGGUUAGAUGUUUGUGUAGUUUUAGGCCACGUAGCACAAAACCUUUUUUAUUGGCCAGGAAUGUGUUAUAAUAAUAAUAAUAAUAAUAAUAAUGAUGAUGAUGAUGACAAAUCAGGAAUCAAUCCCAUACCAGAAAACUGCAGAAUACAAAUGCACUUGUUGGAGAAGCAAACACAUUGCAGUAGAUUGAAAGUGCCUGUUACUACAGUACGUAUUGUUUAAUUUCUGCAGGGAACAACGAGCAAAGUACUUCUGAUAAGAGAGGCAGUUAUUCCAGACAGUUCCAGCUGUCAGUCUGAUCGAAUGUUCAGGCAAAAAACACUUGGCAAAGGUGAUAUGACUGCAUCUUUAAAUGUGGAUCCAGAGAUAAAAAAAAUAUGAAGAAAUAAAUGGAUGAAUUCAUAUUUCAAUGCCAAAUCUAUGACAUUAUAAAAGCCAUGCUGUUAUUUUUGUUGUGUUAAUGCUGGUGCCUGUAUUGUGUUCUUUGUGCUCUGGUCAAAAGGCACAUACUGAGUUUUACAUAUUCAAAGAUGUCUGUUUUCAAUAAAUACAUUUUUAAAUUACAA